AUGUUGUUUGUUUUUAAACUGUCGUCUGCUAGUAUUGUUCGUUCAUUGCUUUUGCGUGGUUUCAUUCACUCAGCUUCAUUCUGUUUUAAAAUAUAAACCAUCAAGUGUCAAACACGGAAAGAAUGGAUCAAAAAUUGGCUAACAAAUUAUUUGAAGAGGGCGCGUUUUUAUUUCUUCUUGGCGUACCAAUUGGGACUGAAGUAGGAAUAGAUUUCAACAGUUGGAGAACCGGCGAAAAAUUCAAAGGCAUAAAAAUGAUACCCCCUGGAAUUCACUAUAUUUAUUACAGCUCUGUAAGCAAGGAAGGUUCCGUAGCGCCAAGAACAGGUUUCUUUUACAACUUCAAUAAGAAGGAAGUUGUGGUCCGUAAGUGGAACCCAGAAAUAGAAGAUGUCAUCAACGAUUGUACUGAUGAAGAAAGAGAAAGUUUAAAAGCCAAUUUAAAAAAUCUUGAUCAGCACUUGGGUCCAUAUCCAUUUGAUACCUGGAAGAAAUGGAUGUCUCUCAGCAGUAAAUUGACAACUGAUGUAGUUGGGAAAGUGGAACCCCUUCAGCAAAAGAUUUCAUCAGUUACAGAAUUAAUUUCAUCAGAAGAUGUACCAGCACCAGCAGAAUCUCCAGUGAAAGAAAAAAGAAUAAAGAGGUCAAAUUAUGAAGAUGAAUUACUACCGCACAUGCAACCAAAGCCAGGCACAGCGUUAAAUUUUACCAAAGUCCCUGUUGAUUUCUAUCCAGUAGGAUCAAGUGCCAUGGAAAUCACUAAACAUAGCAUUGACACAUCUUAUUUACUGGAACAAAUGCUGUCAACUUGGGAAAGACCCAAUCAAAUGCUUGCUGAACUUCAAAUGGCGUUUUUGUGUUUUUUGAUAGGACAAGUUUACAGUGCUUUUGAACACUGGAAGAACGUGAUUCGUAUUUUUUGUUUUGCUGAUGAGAUUCUGUUGAAAAAUCCAUCAUUAAUUGUGGAGUUCAUUGGGGAUAUCUAUUUUCAGAUGCAAGAAGUAUCUCCAGAUUUUUUUGUUGACAUAAUCUCAUCAGAAAACUUCCUCAUUCAAACUUUAAGAGUUUUGUUUGGAAAUAUUUUGGAAAAUGAUGCUGUUGACAGACAGCUUAAAAGAAGAGCCUCACAGUUGAAGCAAUUUGUAACACAGAGGUUUCAAUGGGAUUUUGAUGUUGAACCAAAUGAUGAAGCACCAGUACUAGUUGAGUUGGAUGAAAGUAUGUAAUAAUAUUAAGAGAAAAUUGAUACUUCAACCACUUCAACCAUGAUAUACUGUACACAAAUUUCCUCAAUUCCUCAAUACAUGUGUAAUGUGUUUACAAGCUGAAAA